UGGUUUAAAAACAUGUCACUUGUCUCCGCAGCCCCAUCCUUGGCACGGCAUCGGCCUCACACACGUGAGGUCAACGCUAAAGCAUCACUGCAAAACAGGGGCUUGGUCCAACCCUGGGGAAGAUUAGGCCUGCAGGGUUGGGCCAGUUAGGAGCAGGGAUAAAUUAGGGGAUUUCGGUGUAGCCUUUGCUCUUUCCUCCCCUCCCUGGAGGGCUGCGCAGCUGCCUGUCCCGCUCGCCUCAGCCCAGGCGAGGACCAGCCUCCCGGAGCUGCCGGAUAAAGCGGGCCGGCAGCGAUGCAGCCCCCGGGGUGCCUGCGGAGCUUGACGGUGGAGCUGGAGGACAGGCAAGCGCGGGGCGCCUACGGCAGCGGGGAGCUGCUGCACGGCCGGGUGCAGCUGGAGCUACGCGGCGCGCUGCGGCUGCAGGCGCUGGAGGUGUCCGCUCACGGACGCGCCGUCGCGCACUGGCUGGAGAGCCGCAGCGUGGGACUCAACACCGUCUACCGCGACUACACAGCCUACCAGACCUUCCUGUGCCGCCGCUACCAGCUCAUCCCCGACAAUGGUGAGGUCACCGUCCUGCAGGCAGGAAGGCACGAGUUCCCCUUCACCUUCCAGCUCCCCGAGACUCUGGCUACCUCCUUCGAGGGAAAGCAUGGCAGUGUGCGCUACUGGGUGAAAGCCAAACUGCACAGACCCUGGUCCACAGUGAAGAAAGUGAAGAAGGAGUUCACGGUGAUUGAACCCAUCGACAUCAACACGCCCGCGCUGCUGGCUCCCCAGGCAGGUGCUAAGGAGAAACUUGCUCGUGCCUGGUACUGCAAUCGUGGCCAGGUUUCUGUGACUGCCAAGAUUGACCGAAAAGGCUACACACCAGGUGAGGUCAUCCCUAUCUUCGCUGAGAUCGACAACUGCACAACCCGAGCGGUGGUGCCCAAGGCGGCCAUCAUCCAGACUCAGACCUUCAUCGCUCGGGGCACCAAGAAGCAGAAGAAGUCGGUGGUGACCAGCAUCGUCGGUGACUCCAUUGCAGCGGGGAAGCGGGAAGUGUGGCACGGGCGGGCGCUGAAGAUCCCACCGGUGGGUCCGUCCAUCCUCCAGUGCCGCAUCAUCCAGGUGGAAUACUCCCUGAAGGUUUGCGUGGAUAUUCCUGGGACGUCCAAGCUGCUCCUUGAACUGCCGCUUGUCAUCGGAACCAUCCCACUGCAUCCGUUCGGGAGCCGCACGUCCAGCGUCAGCAGCCAGUACAGCGUCAACCUGGACUGGCUGAGCACCAUCCCGGAGCAGCCGGAGGCUCCUCCUGAAUACUCAGCGGUCGUGUCGAGCCCGGAGGCCGAGCAGAGCCUGGCUCCGCCGUGCCGCAGCGAACUUGGUGGCAUCCUGGAAGGUCCCUUCUUCGCCUACAUCCAGGAGUUUCGCUUCCGACCACCUCCGCUGUAUUCGGAGGUUGAUCCAAACCCCCCAUCAGACACCAUCCGUCCACGCUGCAUGACCUGUUGAGAGAAGCGCAUCGGAUGAGGUUGACAGCGUGGCGAUCCCUUGGGAUGAAAGCUUGAACCCUCACAGCACUUUGGUCUGGAAAUGGAGACGCGGCGGCCGCGAGACCAGAGCUCCUGCACCGCUGAGGCCCCGGCUCUGCUCACUGCCCUCAACUGCUCUUGUCGUGACUGUCCUACGGACCGACACCAAGCGCAGUGUCGUGGACUCGUGCGUGGUAGGAGAACACGUGAGACCCUGCGGUGUGGAGCAGCUCCGUGUGUUGUUGGGCAGGACGUGGAGGGUUAAUAACUGCCCCAGGAUUUGGGGGUUCAAAAAGGGGGGAUACUUGCUCUCCCCUUGCCUGCGGUGGCCUUGCUUUGACAACUCUUGUCGUGGAAAAUAGGAGCGUGGAGGUAUUUCUCAGGAUUACUAGAGAAUAUUCUAAUGUUGCUCGA